CUGUAAUUGUAAAGAUUAGUGAUGCGUCGUAAACCCGGAAAAAAGGAAACGGAGACAGCCACAGCCCCUGAAAAUAGUUCUGAACAUAUUUGGAAAAAUUUGUGCUUUUGCUGACUGGAGAAAUGGACCUUCGGCGAGUGAAAAAUGAAGAAAAACUGGUGCUCUGUCGCAAGUAUUAUCAUGCUGGCUUCUUCAUCCUGCCCUUUCUGUGGCUGGUCAACUUCGUCUGGUUCUUCAACGAGGCGUUCCGCAAACCCUUGUACACAGAGCAGUCUCAGAUCAGAUCUU